CACUUUGACUACGAUUGACACCGGCACCUCCUUCGACGCUCUCUGACCUGAGCUCAUUCUCUCUCACUCUUGCCUCCUUCCUCUCAUGCUCUAUUUCCAUGGCUACUGUCUCUCCCUCAUUAACCACCUCCGUCCCCUCACCGGCGCCAUCGCCUCUGCGGGCAAGCUCUCUCCUGCCGCAAGCUGGUGUUUCUCGUCCAACAGAAGGCAGAGUGGCGGGAGAGGAAACGCGCCCGACGCAGGAAGCGACGGGAAUCAGGAUCCGACGGUGAAACCGAGUCGAGGUCCGAGAAGAAGAGAAUCAGAAGAAAGAGAGGAAAAUGGAGAGAGAAGAAGACGACCCAGUGAGCGAGGUUCUCAGAGAUCGAUUCAGCUCUCCACCAUCUCUAUCGUUGAUGCCGAAGGUACUAAAAUCUUCACACUCAUUAAUUCGACGGCUUUUGAUUUCGUUUCUGGUUUUUUUCUCAGUUUUCAAUUAUAGUUCUCCAAGCAGCGAAGAGAAGGGGCAUGGAGAUAUCAGAACCCGUGGUGGCUUGCAUUUCCGACUUGACCUUCAAAUUAAUUUACUGGUAGUUGUUGGGGUUUCUUUGGGCACCCAAAAUAUAAUGGUGCAAGGUUUGCUGCUUGUAUAAUAUUCGUGGGACUGAUGUUGAUUACGGUCCAGUUGUUCAUGCCUUUGCGAUAGUUACUCUGAACUCAGCUUUCUUCUAUGUAGACAAAAGGAAGGUUGAAUCUGAGGUCAGUUGACUCAUAUGUAUCUAUUUUUAUCAUCUUCUCAGGCAAUAUUCAUAUGGUGGUGAAUACUGGUUUUCAGUUUGAACUUAUCAAGACUCUGAAUGCACAAAACAGGUCGCCCUGUACUUGUUGGCACAACUAGUGUUGAGCAGAGUGAUUCAUUGUCUGAGCAUUUGCAAGAAGUUGGCAUUCCCCAUGAGGUUCACAACUAGAGCAGGAGAGAGACCUGGAGGGUGCAGCAGCUAAACAUAAGAGAAAGCAGGCUUCAUCAAACUUUGAACAGACCUCUAGUAUAGAUGGUUCAAAUGUUGACCAUGAGAGAGACCUGGAAGAUGCAAAGGAUAGAUCUAAGAGAAAGAAGGUUCCUACAAUUCAUGACUGCAAGCAGUCUCCUUGCAUUCCAUCUGGUUCAGUCUCGCUUUCUCAAGGAUCUCUCACAAUUUGAACUCCAAUUUCCCGAUCGGGUUCAGUGAGGGUGAAUGGGAAAGAGAUAAGUUACAGUGAGUUUUUGGAGAGGUACAUGAGCUACCACCCCUCAAAAGCUAGCGUUUAUUGAUGUCGCAAAAGGAGUCGCAUGUUUUCAAAGUUGAAGGCAGAAACCUUGAUUACAUUUAUCUGGCAGCUAUCUGCGUCUGGAUAUAGUGGAGUACCUGAAGUGGUAGCUGAUCCUCUAGGUGAAGUUUCGAGGACAUUUCAGGAGCUUGGAAUAUGUGUUGUGCAACAAUGUGCUAAGAUUCGCCAACAAGUCUCAACAGCAGUGACCUAUGAUAAAUCUAUCAAGGCAAUAAGAGUGAGGGUACCAGAUUCAGAUGAUGAAUUUCUUCUCCAUCCUGCAACUGUGAGACGGAAUGACCGCUCUGCCCAAAGUGUGGAUGAGCGGAUAGGGGAGCAAAAAUUGAAGUAUAAUGAUGGUCCAGAAAAUAUUGAACCUGAAGAAAUUCGGCCCAUGGAAAAUUAUGCCAUGUCAAUAACAUGGCCAGACGGAUUUAGUCGGUUGGCGGUAGAGGCUCAUAAAGGAUAUACCCAACAACAAUUUGACGAGGUGUGCAUUGAAGUGGCCGACUAACAGACUUUGCUGUAGAUUCUGACUACUUUCAUGAUUUUGAGUAAGGCUAGUUAGCUUUUGUUUAACAUUUUUGUAGUAGAUGAAAUGAAUGCAGCAAUUAUGAACAAAAAUGUAAUAGUAAUUGCUUGCCUAGCCUUGUAGUAGGUUAAUUGGGGUUUUUGUUUUGCCUAUUUUGUGAACUGUCAAUGAUGAUGAUUUUGGACAAAAUACCCCAAUAUAUAUUGAAAUCACUUUGGUCAACUGUGGA